GGGAGGGCGGAGCGAGUGCGGUUGCGCGAACACCGGUACUUAGGCGCCGAGCGGCGUGUCCUUGGGCUGCAGAGCGGGACGUCGGCCUUGCGAUCCAUAGCGCGCGUGGGCUCGGCGACGGCAGAGCGAAUUAAAGAUGGGUGAUGUUGAGAAAGGCAAGAAGAUCUUUGUUCAGAAGUGUGCCCAGUGCCACACUGUGGAAAAGGGAGGCAAGCACAAGACUGGACCAAAUCUCCAUGGUCUGUUUGGGCGGAAGACUGGUCAAGCUGCUGGAUUCUCUUACACAGACGCCAACAAAAACAAAGGCAUCACCUGGGGAGAAGACACACUGAUGGAGUAUCUGGAGAAUCCCAAAAAGUACAUCCCUGGAACAAAAAUGAUCUUCGCUGGCAUCAAGAAGAAAGGAGAAAGAGUAGACCUAAUAGCUUAUCUUAAAAAAGCUACUAAUGAGUAAUGGCCUCUGCCUUAUUUAUUAUAAAACAGAAAUGUCACAUGGCUUUUAAUGUGUACCAUAAUUUUACUGAUUUCAUACACCACAAUUCAGAUCAUGAAUGACUAACAGAGUAUUUUUGUUGGAGAGUCCUUAUUUAAGUAAAAUUGGCUUGCAGUAAAGAGAAUAUGAUCUUUUUAAAAAUAGUAUUCUGAUUUAGUAAGUACUAUAACUGUUUUCCCUUUUAAAGAUAUGAUUGGACUUACUUCACUGUUAAACUUUUCACAGAGAUGGGGAAUACCACCUCAGAACCUAUAUGAUUGGUUUUAUCUUUAGAUUUCUACAACUGGUUACAUGUGUAUGUUUGAACAUUAGGAAAAAUUUUCUUCACUGGUCAAAACCAAGCAAGACUCACCUGUUUCAACUGGUAUGCAGUAGUCCAUUACAGACAAGGGUUAAAGAUAAAGACACAAUUGUCUUGACUAUGCCAACUCAAUUAGAAUUCCUUGUAUCUAAGGAUGCAGCCUUUUAUUUAUUACAGGCAUUUUAGUGUGCUUUGUGUAUAAUAUAAAAUAAAGAAUAUUUAACACCA